AUUCCUUGUGCCUCUUUAAUUGAUUCCGUUUUGCUUCGCUUGUUGAGGAGGCAAGCAAGAAAGGCGCACCUUUUUGCGGCACUACAGAUCCCUCCUCCGCUGACCGCAAAGCUUGCGGCUUGGGGUGAUGUGGGGAUAUGUAUUCUCCUCCUUCCGUCGCAACUCCUUCCUCUUUCCUCCCCUCCCUCCCCACGCCGAGAUUCGUAGCUCCAUUCCAUGCCAAGAUCGGUUCUUUAGGGGUGCUCCACCCGUCGAGGACUAGAAUCUGCGGAUGGAGGAGUGGGAGGAGGAAGGAGAUCGUCGUGAAAGCGAGGGAGGAGGAGGAUGCGUUUGCGAUGGCGCCAAGGAGUAUGGACGUGGAGGCCGAGCUUUACGAGUUCAUGCGGAGGUCCGCGAAGCCGAUGGACUUCCCGACCAGGGACGAGCUCGUCGCCGCCGGGAGGGCCGACUUGGCGGAGACCGUGGCUGCGCAGGGCGGCUGGCUCACCUUUGGGUGGGAUCUUGAUGAUGGCGGCGAGGAAGUAAUCGAUGGGUCGCAAUCAAUGAGUGACGUCGCUCAAGAAGAUGGUGAAGUCUAUCAAGAAAGGGUUCUUAACGGUUCUUUGGGGACUAAUCCUGCAACUGCUCUGGGUUGUGAGGAUCGUUCCGCUGCCCCAUCUUUUUCCGGGAGAUCAUUGGAGAUGGAGAAUCUCGAGGAUGGUGGGGUCGAGGGGAUAUUGAGCAGGCUGGAGAAAGAGAGGAGCUUCUCUCUUGCGCUGGCUUCAAGAGGGAAAGUGGUGAAUGGUCGAGACUCAUGGAGGAAUGCUGUGCAUGAUCCAGGAGAUACAGGUGGGAAAUUGGAAGAUGUUAAUGGCACAAAAAGUUCAGUGCCAGACGUGGAGGAGUUGGAGCAUUCAAAGGUUGCUGAAACUGUUCCCACUGAUGACAGAAAGAUGUUAGAGGAUGACUCUUUAAAAGUUGAAUGGAGCACUAUGCAUAUACAAACUCAGAACUCAUUUAUGUCUCAUAAUGGGAUGAAGGAGUCAUUUGCUGACAAAAGUCAGAGACAUUUACAUCUUCAGCACUUGGAGGCAGAUCUUAGCUCUGCACUUUGGUUAGUUAGAUCUAGAGCUAAUGGUGUUGUUUCACAUAAGCACCAAGGAAACUCGAUAGAUGAGCUACAUAGACCUUCUGAUGCUUGGGAAUUCCAAGAGACUGAGAUAGUGAAUGCCCGAGAUAAGUUGCAGUCAGUUCGAGCAAAAUUGGCAAUUUUAGAAGGAAACUUGUCUUUUAAGAUCAUGGAAGCACGAAAAGUAAUGGAAGAGAGACAGAAAAGAAUUGAUGCUGCUCAAAAUGCUUUACAUCUUCUUCGUAUGGCCUAUAUAGUCUGGCCUAAUUCUGCUUCAGAGGUUUUACUUGCAGGGUCUUUUGAUGGGUGGACUGGUCAGAGAAGGAUGGAAAGAUCAAGUUCCUGUAUCUUCACUUUACAGCUAAAAUUGUACCCUGGCCGGUAUGAGAUCAAGUUCAUUGUUGAUGGUGUGUGGAAAACUGAUCCACUGCACCCUAUCGUGCACAACAAUGGUCAUGAGAAUAACCUCCUUAUUGUCGAUUGAUGAUAUGCAUACCUGGUUGGGAUCUAUAUAUUGUUGCAGCCACACACGCGACUGAUUCAGUCUAAUGUUCCAGUUCAGCUUUGUUCUUCAUAUUCCGAUAGCAAACAGACAACCUGUGUGAUGUCUUCUUUCUGUAGGUGGUGCUUUUUGCACGAACGGUGAUCUGAUCAUGAUAGUUCAUCGCCCUUUGUUCUAAAGACUGAUAACUAAUGAUGAGCAUAGCUCUCAGCAAAAUUUUGCCUCA